ACUCAAACAAACGGGCAAUCUUUGUAGCUGGAAGGUUUUAUGCCUCAGAGGCGGUCGACAUCGCCGAAACAUUGCAACACGAUAGCCGCAACAAAUACAACCGCCAAACAAAGAGAGUCUAUUAGUCGCUGCGGUCACGGCAGCAAGGCCCUGCUGCUUUGCCCUUUGGAAAAUCACUGCCUUGUGCUGGGCAGAGCCGCCAGCGGCGUCAGCGCGCUUCCAGCGAGUCUCGGUUGAAUGGCUGAUUCCUGAACUCCGCCCUCGCCACCAAGCCCCCACGGCUCCAUCACGAUGCUCUUCUAUAUCGAUGACCUUCCGGUCAUCUUCCCAUACCCUCGCAUAUAUCCUGAGCAAUAUGCCUAUAUGUGCGAUCUCAAGAGGACCCUCGAUGCCGGCGGAAACUGUGUUCUCGAGAUGCCCUCGGGCACGGGCAAAACCGCCACUCUGCUCUCUCUCAUCGUGGCGUAUCAGCAGCACAAUCCAGAGCACCGCAAGCUGAUCUACUGCUCUCGAACCAUGUCGGAGAUCGAAAAGGCACUUGCCGAACUCAGAGCUCUGAUGAAGUACCGUGCGGAACAGCUAGGCAAGGAGGAGGAUUUCAGAGGGCUUGGACUUACUAGCCGCAAGAAUCUCUGCCUACACCCAGCCGUCAAACGCGAAAAGAGCGGUGCCGUUGUGGACGCUCGAUGCAGAAGCUUGACGGCCGGCUUUAUCAAGGAGAAGAAGGAUAAAGGUGAAGAUGUUGAUGUCUGCGUAUAUCAUGACAAUCUCGAUCUUCUUGAGCCGCACAACCUGAUCCCCAAUGGAGUAUGGACCUUCGAUGGCCUGCUGCGCUACGGGGAGCAGCACAAGCAAUGCCCGUAUUUUACGGCCCGGCGCAUGAUGCAAUACUGUAACGUCAUAAUCUACUCGUACCACUAUCUUCUGGAUCCCAAGAUUGCCGAACGGGUGUCCAAGGAGCUUUCUAGAGACUCCAUCAUCGUUUUCGAUGAAGCGCACAACAUCGACAAUGUUUGCAUCGAAUCGCUUAGCACAGAUCUUACUGAGGACUCGCUCAGGAAGGCGACCAGAGGUGCCCAGAACCUUGAGAACAGAAUCAAGCAGAUGAGAGAGACGGACCAGAAACAACUGGAGGAUGAAUAUCAGAAGCUUGUCGCGGGCCUCCGGGACGCCGACGAGGCACGCCAGGAGGACGCCUUCAUGGCCAACCCAGUGCUUCCGGACGACCUGAUCCGAGAGGCUGUACCGGGCAAUAUCAGGAGGGCAGAGCACUUUGUUGCGUUUCUCAAGAGGUUUAUCGAGUACCUUAAGACACGACUCAAGGUCUUGGAGGUCAUCUCGGAGACCCCGCCAUCUUUCCUUGCCCACCUGAAGGAGUAUACGUUCAUCGAGAAGAAGCCCCUCAGGUUCUGCGCCGAGCGCCUGACCUCUCUUGUUCGCACGCUAGAGCUCACCAACAUUGAAGAUUUCCAGCCGCUCCAGGAGGUCGCAACGUUUGCCACGCUCGUUGCCACCUAUGAGAAAGGCUUUCUUCUGCUGCUGGAGCCUUAUGAGACGGUCAAGUCCAAGGUGGUCAACCCCGUCCUGCACUUCACCUGCUUGGACGCGGCCAUAGCAAUCAAGCCCGUGUUUGAGCGCUUCAAGACGGUCAUCAUAACAUCCGGGACCUUGUCUCCCUUGGAAAUGUACCCGAAGAUGCUCGGGUUUGAUGCUAUUGUGCAGGAGUCGUACAGCAUGACGCUUGGCCGCCGGUCCUUCUUGCCCAUGAUAGUCACUAAGGGGAGCGACCAGGCCGCCAUAUCGAGCAGCUUUGCCGUCAGGACGGACCUUCCGGUCGUGCGCAACUACGGCAACCUCCUGACCGAAUUUGCCAAGAUAACACCGGACGGCAUGGUGGUGUUCUUCCCCUCAUACUUCUACAUGGAGUCCAUCAUCAGCAUGUGGCAGGGCAUGAACAUCUUGGAAGAAGUCUGGAAGUACAAGCUCAUCCUUGUCGAGACUCCAGACGCGCAGGAGACGGCGGUCGCGUUGGAGACAUACAGGACGGCUUGCUGUAACGGCACCGGCGCCGUCAUGUUCUGUGUGGCCCGUGGCAAGGUGUCUGAGGGCAUCGACUUUGAUCAUCAGUAUGGGAGGGCCGUGCUCUGCAUUGGUGUCCCAUACCAGUAUACCGAGUCUCUCAUUCUGAAAGCGCGCCUGGAGUUCCUGCGCGAGACUUACCGCAUCAAGGAGAACGACUUCCUAUCCUUUGAUGCCAUGCGGCAUGCUGCUCAGUGCCUGGGGCGCGUGCUGCGAGGCAAAGAUGACUACGGCAUCAUGGUGCUUGCAGACCGCAGGUUUCCCAAGAAACGCAGCCAGCUCCCAAAGUGGAUCAACCAGGCCCUUUUGGAGAGCGACACCAACCUCAGUACCGAUAUGGCCGUGAGCUCCGCCAGGAAGUUUCUCAAAACGAUGGCGCAGCCUUUCCGGCCCAAGGACCAGGAGGGCGUGAGCAUGUGGACGCUAGAGGACCUGAAGAGGCACCAGGCCCAGGAAGAGAACCGGCAGAUCCGUGAGCUGCAGGGCCGCCCCAGCCGUGCGGCUCAUGCCCACGGGCCGCGGGCGGAUGAGGAGGACUAUGAGAUGGACGACGAUGAAGAGAGAGACAUGAUGGAGCUGGAUGCUUGAGUUCACGAUCAUAGAUGACAACUGCUGGAAAAUGAUGGAUUUCAGGCCAAGACCACACUCCCUGUUCAUUGAUUGACCACCUUGCCGGCCUUUGGCAUCUCCUAGACUUCUCUCUCGCUUCCGAGACUGAUCUUUAGCCAUCACCCGGUUAUGCGGUCCUCCAUUCGGGAUAAUCGGAGACAGCCAUUGGCAAAAUGGCGGGUUUAUCGUAUGAGUAGAGUUCGAUUAUAAACUUGGCCACGUAUCUAAUUAAUGUGAUUACCUGCAAUGCGCCCUAAUUUCCAUAUCCGUCUAUAAACGACAACCGGCGCAAAAUUCUAUGUUU